AUGAAGGGUUUGGGCGGAAGCCUGCCUGGAGUAGACGCCGGUGUAAACAUAAUGGAGGAGGAACAGGGAGAGGAAGAAUUACAAGAAGCGGAGAUUACGAAAGCUCUGAAUAAAAUGAAAAAGAGGAAGGCAGCGGGAAUUGAUGGAAUACCGAUGGAGGCAUGGAAAUACGGUGGUAAGAGCCUAUGGAAAAGGAUGAAGAAUCUGAGAAAACAAAUAUGGAAGGCAAGAACGAUACCGAAAGAUUGGAAAAAAGGCAUCGUGGUUCCCCUGUACAAGAGAGGGGAUAAGAAAAUAGUAGGCAACUACAGAGGAAUAUCCUUGCUGUGCACAGCAUACAAGAUAUAUGCAGAGGUCAUUGGAAAUAGGCUGGAGAUGGAGGUAGAAGAAAGAGGUAUAGUGCCGACGAGUCAAGCAGGAAAGGAAGAUCAACGAUGGACAAUAUAUUUGUUUUGA